AGUUGAAAAGCGGCGUUGCUCUGGUAACCAGCAUAUUUUGUUUAUUCCGCGAACUUGUUGAUUUUGACGAGUGCGUAUUGUUUAUUAUCGCAUGAAGUCAACUCAGUAGACCAACAAGGGUGUGAAGGUUAAUGAAAAUCGAAGAAUGAUGGAGUGUGAGUGCGUGUGGGGAAUGUUAUGAUUUUCGAACUGGGCUGCGUUUUGGCAACGUGCGUUUUCGCGUCGUCGUGUGAGCCUAGGUGUCUACAUCAUCAAAAAAUCUCACCGUCCGUCUGUGCGCGCCGACCGCGAUUUGCGUGCGUUGCUAUCGAAUACGGGCGGCUGGCGGAGCGCGAACGCGAGCGGGCAUGGAGGAAAUACGCGGUGCGUGGCUGUGAGCGGCGAGUGCGUGCGACGGGCGUGGGUCGCGCCGAGACAGCAGCAGCGAGGAGCAGCAGCGAGGAGCAGCAGACAGCGCCGGGCGCGUGUGUGAGUGCCGCGACUGCCCGCGCCGGAGGAGCAUCGUCUGCAUAUCGCGGCGAAGAGUUUAGUGGCACGACGAGCGUGCGAGACGGUGCCGCCGACGAUAUGCGCGCAUCUGGAUGCCGUUAUAGUCAUCGCGAGGGGCUGUUCGCCGCCCUGGGACUAUGAUCUAUGCGACCGCUAACGGCGCGCACGCGACGUUAACAAAAUGUGCCAGAAUGCAAAAGGACGAGGAGAACCCCAAGAAGGACGUGCCGAAUGGGAAUGGUGACUGCGAGCGCGGCGACCGGGAGGAACCCCCUCGGAGCGCGUACGCGCACGGCGGACGACUCAAGUUCUUUAAAGAUGGAAAGUUUAUUUUGGAGUUGGAACGAUCGCGAGAGGGUGAACGAGUCUCCUGGGUGUCUGUACCGAGGAAGACCUUCUGGCCGCCGCAGGGUACUGCUUCUUCGACGCCCACGUACCGACAGGAGAGCAGUACAUCACUUAGCGUUUCAGACGAUAACAGUUCCAUCCAAUCAUCUCCGUGGCAACGCGACCACUCGUGGAAGCAAACCAGUCCGCGUAAAAACCUCUCGAAGCAGCUCACGUUCUACUACUUAGCUAGCAGAAAACUUCGAAAAUCCCUGCAGAAAUCACGAAAAACCCGCAAACCCUACGAUUCCACUGCCGAAGAGUUUAUCAAGCAUGUUCGCGGCCUGCCACUUGCGACGACAUCAUCACCAACACCCACAUCCCCAUCAAAUACCUCUCCGAAGCCAUCCACGUCAAAAAAGAAAGAAAAACGACUGCAGACCAUCAUCCAAGCUUUAGCGGAAAAGGUUCCAGCUGGAUCUCCGGCGAGGGAGACAGUCGUCUCGCCACGAAAACGUUUCCUGCGGGAAAUGGAUAAGGAUGCAAAGACGCACGUGGAUGACUCGUGUUUAAAGCGCAGUCGAGGAAAAACCGCCGCUGCUAGUAAGGCGGUGGGUAGUCCGGUGCGCACCAAUGGGGUGGCAUCCACGACUGGGAUUGUUGAUCACGUGGGCAGUGAUCCACACCCGCCGCCGGCGUCGACGCCGUCCAGGCAGACGCAGACGCGCAACAGCAGCUACAGUAUUACCUCCCUGCUGGCGGAGGACAAGAGCAUCAGGCGAUCGCCGGCGAACUCGCCUAGUCAUUACUCGCCGGGUGCCGCCGCCGCCGGCCAUCCGUACUCGACGCCGAUGCCCGAGGAUCGCUGGUACGCCGAGAGUGUCGAUCGUCUGCGUUCCAUUGAAUUAUCUCACGUUGAUAAGAGACUGUGCUUACCGUACGCGACGCCGCCGUCGUUUAUGCCGCCCUUCAUCCAUCCGUAUACGAUGCCGCCGCACUAUUUCCAUGCGUUCGCGCGAGGGUUUCCUGGGCUGACGGCAGCGCCGCCAGCAUGCCUGCUACCACCCCCAGUGCGUCCCGAAGCACCGUCGUGCUCGUGGGCCGCCGAGCCACCUCGCGACAAUCGCACACAGGAUGAUAAUAUCGCAGAUAUGCCAUUGAACCUGUCUAAACAUGCUGGCUGAAAGUCGCUUGUGCCUUCCAGAAUCGAAACAAAAGUAUCAAAGUAUCAAAUCGAACAAUAAAUUCCAGCGCGCUAAACUAAAAACAAAAUGAAGAAAUUAUAUUUGUAUUUUAUAGUAAUAUAUUUUUGUACAUAUGCUGAAAAUUGUAACGCACGGCUCGUUUCUCUGAUGGCGUGGUAUUUUUAUAUAUUGCGAGCAUAAAUAUUAAGAUUCACGCUCACAAUAAUGCAGAUGAUACAUCCAGCUGUACGCUUCUGAGCAUUAUUUAUUCGAUAUUAUUUAACGCGAAACAUUCUUUUAAUUUAACGUGCGAACUCGAAACGAUGUGCAAUUUGCAUGUAUGCAUCAAAAUGCAUAGAUGAAUAAUUGUCAACUGUGAACAAAGCGAAGAGGGGUGCGCGCCGCGACGAUCAUCCUUCGACUAUUAAUAUUAAAUUAAUAUUUGAUUAUGUAAAUAAUUUAUUUAAUUGACUAUACACUAUUAACUAUAUUUUUAUAUACUUUGAUUAAGAAUUAUUUAAUUUAAUGAUACUUGUCGACCAAAACGGCGUAUUUAGAUAUCAAAUAACCUACGGAUUUAAAAAUGUAAGAAUGCUUCGAAGAUGUGUAUUGCUCACUGAAAUGUUUAUUCAUUUCGUAGAGUUUACAUCAUAUAUCAGCCGGUGAAAAUGAAUAUUUUAUAUCGAUGUACAUAUUGAAAAUUGUCACAGGUAAUAACGGUUGAGAAUUGAUGAGAUAUUUUGGAAAUUUUUUGAAAUGUUUUCUCAACACAGGUCGAUUGUUAGCGUCUGUAUUUUUAUGACGGUAUGAUUAUGUGAAAAUGAACAUGUAUACUAUGAAUACUUAAAUGCUGAGGGUGGUGAAUUUGGUUAUUCAUCGAGGAGUCGACGGAGACCGAACCUGGAUGACUUUUGUAACUGCGUGUAGGUGUGUACAUAUGCAUAAAUGAUAAAUAUACCUAUUUUUCGUAUUUUUCCGAAUAAAAAUACUAUAAACUAA